GAAGAAGUUCAACGUUUCAGACAUGUUACCAGCCCAGCAGGCCGAAGAGAAGCAGCCGCGAUCUUCCAGUCCAGAAGACUCGCCGCAAAAUCAACAGAAGAAGAAACAUCACGCCCGCCGGACAAGGAAGGCUGGUAAAAAGCCCGCACUCCAUUCCUCUACCCGAACAAAACAACAUCAGCAUGCUCAAGUGACGGACGCUGCUGAGUCUGGCAAAGCAGAACCAGGAGCAGAAUCAGCGCGCCCUAGAUCCGGCAGCCUCGCAGCGAAGUCGACCAGCACUGCGUCAGACGGAUCGGCGAAAACCAGCUCGGGUAGCCCUGGCGCUACUUCAAUCAACAGGAUCCCCGGUUCCGAGCGCAACACGAUUCUCGAAGAACUGCCACUGGCCGGAGCUCGGGAUCUCGCACCGACGUCAUCCAAGAGACUUCGGGACGCCGAGGCUCACAUACCGUCAGACGGAUCGUCGCAAAUCGGCUUCGGGAGUGUCGUUGCGACGUCACUGGUAGAUAGGCCUCCCCACUACGAAGCUAACGCGAUACUCGGAGAACAGCCGGGCACCGAGCCUGAGAGUCUCACGGCGACGCUGAUCGACAGGGCUCUCGAUAUCGAGUUGAACGUAUUGCCGGAGCGACUGCCUCACAGCGGUACCCCGGGGCUCGCGACCAAGUCACCCAUGAGACCUCCCCCGGACUAUGACGCGUACGUGCCGUCAGAUCUGCCGCCGCAGACCAGUUACUGGAACGACGCUGAGCCACCGUCCAGCAAAGAUCCCGACCUGCAGGGCCACACACCCCUCGGAGGUACACGGCGCACUAGUGCUGCAAGCUCAGCCGUGACAUCAGCCAACAACAAAUGUCGCGACUCCGCGUUGAGCACUCCCCUCCGAGGGUGGUGGGUUCUUAACAUGCCAUCGAAUGACGCCGGUGCGUUGUCUCCGGAGAAGGAGCCGUUCGCGGGAACGAUCGACGACAGGGAAGGUCGCCGUGGGGCUGACCGAAAGGGGACAGGGGCCGCCGAGUCGAGUACCGGGCCAUUUCAUAACCUUAAGAGCCCUGGCCUAGCGUCGGGCAGCCCCAAAUGCGACUCGAGAAACGAGCGAGGACCAUUCAAGCGCAAAACCGCAGACGCUGAACACAAGUCGGGUGGCAGAAGAGACUCCUCGUCGAGAAAGUGCGUCCUGACGGACAAUGGCAGCCCGGACAAUUCGGGGAUGUCGAGGCAACGAAGAUCCGGGCAGUUCCGAAGGGCGCCGAAGUCGGAGACGGAUAGCAACUCGACCAAACACCCAUCGUCGGUGGGCAGCCUGACACCCGAUGACACCCGCCUGUCGAAGGUCAGCCGCAUGGCGGUGUGCACAGCUGUAGCCGCGUCGGUCACCGUCUUCGUCGUUGUGAUGUUCCUGCUGAUGCAGCUGCUUCCUGACGGAACCAGACAUUUCCACGAGAAGAAGGUGUCCUUCUGGGUCGAGAACCUGGCCAACGCCUGCGUCACCGUGGACUGCGAGAAGGCUGUGCUCGAGCUCAAGUCGUCCAUCGACACGUCCGUGGACCCGUGCAAAGACUUCUACGGCUUCUCCUGCGGUCAGUGGGGCCGCGCGAACCGCCACGCGAGUUACAUGGAGGCCCAGCGUAUCGCCUACGUCGAUGCCGUGAACGCCGCUCUCUGGGAUGCUGGCGAACUUGGCGCCGCGCCACCCGACGGCGUGACGCUGCCCUUCUCCGUGGUGUACAGGUCCUGCAUCAAGUUCUUCGACCGAGCAGCCGUGGACAUCGGCGAGAUCUGGAGUACCUCCGGCAUCGACGCCCACGUCUGGACUGCAGUGGCGAGCUUUGACAGCCUCUUCACCCUCGCCGUCGGCCACGUGCUGCAAUACGCCAUGGAGUCCGUCGUCGACGUGCGCUGGAGAGAUGACGACAACGUCUCGUCAAUGACGGGUGCGUACAUCGCAGCGGGCACGGCCAUCGCUCGACACCUUGAACCCCACUCUCGCAAGUUCCUCUUCGUACGCGCCAUCAGAGCCCUCGGCGACAUCGUGACGCGCGAUCGCGUCCCGGACAUUGAACACAUCGAUGACAUCGUGGCUCAACGGAUGUCCCAGCUGCGCUCGGCGUCCGAGACCAUGGUGGUCGCUCUACGUGAUCUGGACACCCCGAAGACUAACUGGUCGCGAGUUCUCGCAGAUUACGCGAACAUGGCCGGCAGGCCAGCGCCUUCGAGCGCGGUUGUGCAAGACCAGGCUGGCGUUCGGGGUGUUUUAGAAGAACUCGCAAACGCCGACCUGCGGGUCGUAUCCGUGUACCUGACCCUCGUGCCCCCGGCCAAGUUCUUGGUCUUGGAGAGCGAAGUCCAGCGACGCGUCGUGUCUGGAGGUGACGACGAGCACAGGCACAUCAAGCGCGAGGCAUGUGUCCGCGCCUUGGAGCUGCUGUUCGGCGACGGCUACGGGUCGUGGCUCUCCGCGAACGUCCUGAGACCCGGAAUCGCGGGCGACGUCGCACAGAUUGUGAAGGACGUGGUGGCGGUCGCCAAAGACAUGAACAAGGCUUUCUGGCGCAUCCCUUUGAAACACGAACUCGUCGUUGCGCCAGCAUGCUUCAGAAGCAUGAUUCGCCGAUCCGAGCGCGGGCUACCGGAACCACCAGCCCAGGAUGCUUCCGUGCCGCCGGAGCUCAGAACGGACUUCGUCUCGAACACGAUCCUCUUCUCCCGCCAACGAAGCCGCAACGGUGCGACGUGCGAGCCGCUGAUCAGUCUGGCUGCGACUGUCAUGCGUUGGGACGAUGCUGAAGCCCCGCUGCGCCUUCUCGUGGCGGACUUCUACCAUGCCGGCUCCACCGAGGCAGCCGUCAACUACGGCACGCUUGCGUACCACCUCGCCGCGCUCAGUUUCCGAACGACGCUGUCCAAGAACUGGACUUUGUCGUCCGACUAUGCUCCCUGCAUCGCAGACUACGUCCGUACCCGCCUCAGAAUGUUCCCGCCUGGACUUAGCUGGGACCACAUCAUCGGUCGCCACUGGGCUCUCCAGGUGGCGCUGUGGGCAGCCGCGAAUCGCGACUCCAAAUUCAACUCGAGCGUAGCCCUCUCGAGGCUUUUCUUUCUGCGCUUCGGACACACGUGCUGCUCGCAAGCGAUGGUCCCACUCCAACCUCGUGAAUACGAUGACGUCAGCGAGACAUACAAAUCGCGGGCGUCGUGCAACGCCAUUGCCAUGCCGGCGCCUGCCUUUGCCUAUUCGUUCGAUUGUGCAGGCAUGGCCCGCAUGGAGUGCUGAGUGCGCGGCACCUGGAAGAUAUUCGCGUCGCACCAAAGAUUGACCACUUGUCCCCGUCCUCCCUGAAGUAUGAACCCUGACGACGCAGCAUUAGAUUUCCUUUCUUGCUUUCUUUCCCUCUUUUUAUUGUUUACCUAAUGUAUUAAAUUGAUGGUAUCGUGUCUAGCUGCACAUCCACAUAUCUGUCGUAUCUGCGCAUAAUCGUAUAUGUUAUACAUAUUUAAUAUAAUGCCACAAUGAGCCAUUAAAAAGCAUUCAAAAUUCUA